ACGGUUCGAAAAUACUGAAACGGCGUCUCCAAGCAUGCUUCAGCAUUCCCCACUGAAACGAAACCCCUCCCCUCCGGUUCGAUCGACAGUCACCGAGUCUGAGUUCGAGAGAGAGGGCCUGGCUCUCGCCAUCUUCUGCCGACUCAGCUGCUGCCCUGCAUUAAACAAAUUCCACCGACAUUUCAAUGCUUAGGUCUCAACAGGUUUACUCCCCCGUUGUAUUGAAUUGACGUUUUAUGGUGGCUACAUGCAUUCUAUUUCUUAAUAGCACUCAGAUGAUCCAUGAAGCUUUCUUGAAUGCCUUGGUGUGAAUCAAGAUGAUCUUCAAAUCCAAAAUAAAAUGGGCUGCCCUUGGAGGACUGGUUUUGUCUUUUCUAUCUUUGCUGGUUCACCUACUUCUUGCCAAGUAUUCAAGUGCCGAUCUAGUACAGUACAGUGCAGCCGCUGGGUUUAAUGAGGAUUUAAAUAUAAAUGUCGACGGGGGACAGGGAACUGGUAACAGUAAGGUGUGGAGAAAUGUGAUUUCUUUAGAGUCCUUGCAGCCAUAUGCCACACCUCGAAGUACAUAUCCUGCUGCUCCAUCUGAGGAGAAUAACGGUUUCAUAUAUGCCAAAGUUUUUGGUGGAUUUGAGAAGAUUCGAAGUUCGAUUUGUGAUCUUGUUACCAUCUCCAGGCUUCUAAAUGCCACACUUGUCAUUCCAGAGAUUCAAGAAAGUACUCGUUCUAAAGGCAUCAGUUCCAAGUUCAAGAGCUUUUCAUAUCUCUAUGAUGAGGAGAAGUUCAUAGAAGCUCUUAAAAAUGAUGUAACAGUUGUAAAGAGCUUGCCCCCAAAGUUGAAAGAGGCUAGGAAGCGUAAACAGUUUGCAAGCUUUAAGCCAAAAAGUUCAGCUUCUCCAACUUUUUAUAUUAAGGAGGUCUUGCCAAAGUUAAAGGAAGGAAAGGUUGUUGGAUUAGUGCUGCAUAAUGGAGGCUGCCUACUGCCCAUUCUCCCCCCAAGUUUAGCUGAGUAUCAAAGGCUCAGAUGUCGGGUUGCAUUUCAUGCUCUUCAAUUUCGCCCAGAAAUUUCAGCACUUGGGCACCUGAUGGUGGAAAGGUUACGAGCUUCUGGACAACCUUACCUUGCUUUCCAUACUGGCCUCACAAGAGAUACCUUAGCAUAUCAUGGCUGUGCUGAGCUUUUUCAGGAUGUUCAUACUGAACUUAUACAAUACCGAAGGGCACAGAUGAUUAAACAAGGAAUUGUAAAGGAAGAACUAAGUGUUGAUUCACAUGUUCAGAAAGGCAAUGGUUCAUGCCCCCUCAUGCCUGAGGAGGUAGGGCUCCUCCUUCGGGCCAUGGGUUACCCUCCUAAAAUGAGAAUAUACUUGGCAGGCUCUGAAACCUUUGGUGGUCAAAGGAUUCUUAUACCUUUACGUGCACUGUACACCAACUUAGUAGAUCGUACUUCUUUAUGUAGCAAGCAGGAGCUAAUCAACUUAAUUGGACCUGAAACUCCACUUCCUGAGGAUCUUUUCAAGCCUCCUCCAGCCAAAAGUGCAGAACAGCUAAAAGAAGAAUGGAAAAAAGCAGGCCCACGACCCCGGCCUCUUCCUCCACCUCCUGGUAGGCCCAUUUAUCAGCAUGAAAAGGAAGGAUGGUAUGCUUGGGUUGCAGAGAAUGAUUUUGAACCAGACCCUUCACUGGCGGAUUUGAGGAGGCAAGCACACAGGUUGUUAUGGGCUGCUCUUGAUUACAUUGUUUCAGUGGAAGCAGAUGCUUUCUUUCCUGGUUUCAACAACGAUGGAAGUGGAUGGCCGGAUUUUUCAGGCUUGGUCAUGGGCCAUCGUCUUUAUGAGAUGGCAUCUGCCAGAACAUAUCGGCCAGACAGGAAAUAUCUUGCUGAGCUCUUGAAUGGUACCCGAGACAAUCUUUACCAUCCAAAACAUAAUUGGACGCUUUCAGUGCGAGAGCAUCUGACCAAGAGCCUGUGUGAGGAAGGCCUUGAAAGGGAAUUUCGUAUAUCAAAACCGUCAUCAUUUCUUUCACACCCCAUUCCUGAAUGCUCCUGCAGAAUUCUCAACCCCACCCGUGUUCCUGCCUUGUUAUCUUAUGAAGGGCGCGAGGAGUGCCCCAAAGGACUGGAGCAUUCUACCACUACCCUUCGCUAUCAGAAGAACAGCACUAAUGAGAGUGAACUACAAGAAAAUGAGACGGAUUUGGAAGAGCAGCUUGAACCGGAGGAUGAAAGCAGCACGACUGAUACACCUCCAUCAUCGGAACAAGAUGAGGAGAUGGAUGGUGAUGAUUAGGAAUAGAUGUACAGAGAUAGUACCUGAUUUUUCAUGCUCCAGUUCUUUUGAGUUUGCUUUAGUUUCUUCGGCAAACUCCCUGGAUGGAAAGUUCUUAUUUUACAGAGCGAAAGUUGUUACAACCGUAGCAAUUCUUUCAUUGAGGCGCAUUAAAAAUUUUGUAGAGGCGGCAUACAAACUCAGAUUGCGAUGAACUCUUGCAAACAUGGUUUACAGGAUAUCUGACACCUUGUUCUAGCAGAUGAUUGCGCAGCAUACUGAUCCCGCAGGUAAAGUACGACAGAAAGGUUUCUUUCUACCCCCAUCAAAGCUUUCUAUUUUUUGGUUUUUUUUAUUUUUUGUCUAGAAUACCAAUUUUCUUUCUUACUGUGACAUACAACCAACUGUAUAAUUUUCUAGAUUUUUAACUCUUUCAAAAGCAAUAUAGUUCUGUGUUCUUCACAUUUACAUCCCAGUCCAAUUUGUUGCCUUCUCUACAUGCCUGGAAGGUGAACUAUUUGCCUGUCACUUUGUUUUCUGUGUGUACAUACUUUAAUUGUUCUUGCCCAAAAUGUAGAAAGCAUUUAUCACGCCAUUUA